AUGGGAAAAUCUGUUGCUCAAGUCAAGGCUGAAGAAAUCGUCGAGUCUGCCUCCAACGACGAGAGUUCCUCCUCUUCUGGUGAAGAAUCUGGCUCUGAACAAGAAGAAGAAGAGGAGAAGGUAAGCAUGAAGCGUUCUCGCUCUGAUUCCGAAGAGGAGGACGAUGUCGAGGAGGAAGAAGAGGAGGAGGAGGAACGUCCCAAGAAGACUGUCAAGGUGGAAGAGGUUGUCAAGAAGACCUUUGGUGCUGAUGGUGCUACUGUGUGGGUUGGUCAACUUAGCUACGAUGCUACAUCUGAUGAUGUCCGUGAACACUUCAAGUCUUGUGGUGAGAUCACUGACGUUAGACUUCGUUUGGAUCCUCAAACUGGCCGCUCUCGUGGUUUUGCUCACAUUGAUUUCACCGAAGAAGCUGGUAAAAUUGCUGCCAUGGAACUCGAUGGUACUGAUUUCAUGGGUCGCACUAUCAAGGUCGACAAUGCCACUCCUGCUACCCCUCGUGUCAAGGACAACAACUUUGGCCCCAAAACAAACACUGUGUUCAUGGCCAACUUGUCUCAUAGUCUCAACGAAGAUGAUAUCCGUGCUGCAUUCGAGAAGUUUGGUACUAUCAUUGGUGAUAUUCGUUUGCCUUUCAAUAGAGAAACAGGUAAAAUUCGUGGUAUUGCCUACGUCGAGUUCGAAACUGACGGUCAAGCCGAGGCUGCUGUCAAGGGCAUGAACGGUGUCAGCAUUGAAGGCCGUCCUAUUCGUACUGAUUUCAGCGGUGGUGAUGACUCUGACAGAGUCCGUAGCCGUCCUCCUCGUGGUGGAUUCAACGGCGGUCGUGGUGGCGGUCGUGGACGUGGUGGCGAUCGUGGUCGUGGCUUUGGUGGCCGUGGCCGUGGUGGUGAUCGUGGCCGUGGUUUCGGUGGUCGCGGUGGUGGACGUGGUGGUGGACGUGGUCGUUAUUAA